GUCCCAGUCACUGACCAUUGCCUCCUGGGCUAGAACUUCCUGCAUGGAAGUAUGAGACAUAGGCAACAUGUAUCACGUCAGCUGAAAUCCACUAUGUUCUGCUUUCCAUUCCUUGCCCCUUGGAUAUGCCUACUUGAGGUCUUCUUUUCACAGUAGCUUCUGAGGGCUGAAUGUAGAACUUUUCCAGAGCCCUUAUAAUGUAAAAUCACUCCUGUGAAGGCACUCACGUGAGAACUUCUUCAUGCUCCACACAUCUAUGAGGUCAGCACUACUGUGGCUGUAGUUAAAAGAUGAACAGAACAGACACACAGAGAGGUUAAGGAUCUGUCCAAAUCUGCUCCUUCAGGCUGUCAUAUUGGUCUGCUAGACAGCUAGUUAGCUGUGUCCAUCUAACAAUCCAGGUCUAUAGUUACUUUUGACUUGACCCCUUGUAGUUGAUUUUCGAGUGGUGGUAUUAUAUAAUUUUCAUUACAAGUUCCCAUAUACUUGUAAAGAUUUAUUUGAUGGAACACUAUCAAUUCUGGGUCAAGCCUUAAAUAUCUAAGUGAAUGUCAUGCACUGCAGGCAGUAGUUUACUGCAGGAACCUGUCCUGUAACUAGUUACAUGUAGUGGAUGUAAGAGGAGGUUGGUACUAGGAAGGCAGAAGAAAGACUAAUUUGAUUUUAUGUCAAGAACCCAAGUGUAAUGGCAGCAAUCACAGGAAUUGUUGAAUGAUCACAUGUGAUGCCAUAAACUUUGGAACAUAAAACACUAAUGCCUGAUAAAAUAGUGUAAGGCAGAAGCUAAAUUAUUAAUUUCAGAUGAUACAAUUAUUAAUACCUGAGUUAAGACUACUAACAACUAAGAUUUGUGAAUGAUACUAGCAUAAAAGAUAUUAGCGCAAAAUGGCAUUUGCAAGGUGUGUAUUGUUAUGUAGUUUAUAAAUCAAAGUACUAGGUUUGUGUGUUGAUAGCAGAAUAAUUUUUAAAUGGGUGGAAACAAGAUGAUAGGAACCUGAGAACUGCCACCCGGAACUUAAAAUUAUGCCAACCGUUCCUUAUCUGUUCACUUCCUAACUUUCAGAAUGAAUGUAGUUACACUAUAAUCAACAGCUUAUGGAUGUUUUCAGUGGAGACUCAGUUACUGUCCCCAGUAAUUGCAUGGUACAUCCAAAGGUAGAGGAAACCUUUCAAUUCAAGCCAUUAUCAUUUGGAUACACUUUCUGCACAGGAUCAUAUGAUUCCUGUAAACUCAUCAUACUCUUUACUGCAAGCAUGGAGGUGUUACAGAUGCACCUCUAGUAACCCUGAAAUUUUAGUCUAUGAAUCCUAUAAUGUAGACUGCACAACAAAUUGAUUUUACAACUCAGUCUGUAAGGACUUAAAAAUCUCUGUGUAUUAUUACUUGCAUUAAAUGCCAAGAAAUCACUAUGAACAGAGAUGGCAUGUCUUGCAUCAGGAGCCAUCAGCGAUUGGUGAAGGGCUAGGACCCCAUCUCCUCUUAACUAGCUCAGCUCAAGCCUCAGAAUUAUUCCACCUUCCUGCAUGGCUUUCACAAUGAGCCAGCUAAUAUAAAGAAGAUUUCUGAUAUGAUCACUCACCCAGACUCUUGAUACAGACACUGCCUCUCAGACUGAAAGAGAAAUCCUCACCGGCUCCUUCCUGCUUCCAGGAGGGGCUCAGUGUGGAGGGCAUGGAAGACAGUCCAUGUGUGGGAGGGGGGCAGCCAGACACUGUGAUAUAGCUUUGUGAUCCUGUGAGGUCACCUCCCUCACAACUGCAAUUAUUUCAUUUGUAGCCACACUGGGAAUACAGUCUUGGGAGCUGAAGAUGUUUCUCAAAAAUUUCCCCAGUUGUUAAUUACAAAAAAUGGUUAUGAGUUUCUAGUUAGAACUGUGUAAGGAGACUGAGUAUUUGUGAGAAGGCUUUUUCCUACUUGAUCCCUGUAGGUAGACAGCAUCUCCUAUGAAGGACAUCAGGAAAUACUGAGUGCUGACAUGUGAGGGAUUAGUGGGGAAGGAUGUGUAUCUCCCUGGGUUCUUCACUUCCCAGGGAAGUUCCUCCACCCAGAAACUAGUACUUUCCUAAUCUUCAGACCACUGAACUGAACCAUCAAUUAAGGUUAUUUGUACAGAAACAAAAUGACACAAAAAUACCUGGGAAGAACAUGCAGGGAUACAAGUAAAAGGAAGUCCAUGAUGUAAAUAAAUUAUUAUUGAAAUCACUUCACAAUCGAAGUUAGUGAAUUUGGACUUGUUUGAAUAAUUCAGUGCUAAUUCAUAUGAAAAUUAUGUAGGAAAAUGUGCUUUACCCACUACCUCACUCCCACUACCCUCGCUGGCCCCGACUGCCUGUGCCUCUUUCACCUCUUUCACAGUCUCCUCCAAGUUUCCUCUCCUAACAUUCUGUAUCUAGCUUGUAUCGCACUGUCUUCCUCCAAGGCCCAACUGCCCCACAUAUAAAUAACCUCCUUGCUCCACUCCCACCAUUAUUUUAACCCCUUCGAGACAUUGUCCCAUGCGAAUUCCACCAACUGCAGACCACUAAGAACUUCGGUACAAAGUGCCCAUCCAAUCACGUGGUGAAAUCUAAUCCCCAGUGUGAUGGCGUUUGGAUAUGGGGCUUUGGGAGAUGCAUAAAUCAUGAGGAUGAGCUCUCCUGAAUAAGAACAUUGACCUUGUAAAAAUGACUCCACAGAGUUCACUAGCCCCUUCCACCAGGAGAGUACACAGCUAUAGGAUGGCCAUCUAUGAGCCAGAAGUGGGUGGGCACGGGAAAUGGUAGUUCUUAAAAUCUCUCAGGUGACGGUAACAGAAGCUAGCGUCGAGGACCAGUUAACCAAACGCUGCCUCUCAAAGUGUUACGUGUAUGUGAAUCUGCAUUUCUGUUGAAACAGAGUCUACAGAAGAACCCUACUCUAAGAGAUUGAGAUACAGCUGCGGUCCGGCCGAUGAAUUAGCAUUUUCAACAGAGUCUCUGGUGGUGCUGCUGCUUCUCUCCCCAGAACUCUGUUUCCACAGCAUCCCCCCACCCAAUCCCCCUUUCGGUAGCACUAGAGAGAGCAAGCAGAGCACACCCGACCCUCUUACUCGCUAACGUCCCAUCUCAACACAGAUGCUGUGGGUUCCUCACAUGUAGCAAAUGAAGAGGAAGGAACGGAACCAGCACAGGUGAUUCCCGUGGGGACGGAGGGGCUGCUGGAGGGAAAGUCUGAGGACCGUCCAGGGAAGCCGGAGCGUGCAGUUGCACGUGGCAGGUCCCAGGAGGGGGUUGGCCUUCUUGGGCGGCCUCUGCGCAGGCGCGAGCUCGGGGGAUGGGCGUGUGGGCGUGGCUACGGCCUCGUUGCGCCUGCGCGCAUGUCCGGCAGGGUCAGGUGACCGUUGAGCUCCCGCAGACGCCCUUGGCCCUUCCAGGUGAGGAACUGGCUCAGAGCUGCGGCUUCUCCUCCUGGAAGGUGUCCCCAAGACAUUGGCAGCCAUUAGUUGAAACAUUCUUCGAUGCAUUUCUGAGUGCACAUCUGUUUUCUGUCCUGACAAUGCUGGCAGAGUGUGUUCAUUGGCACCAGCUGCCUCUUUGCCCCGAGACCUCCAGGUGGGUGGAGAUUAGCUAAAACCUCCCCAGGAUAUUGGGAUUUCCAUUGUCCUUUGCGGACCCUGUAUGUGCUGGUAAAUAUCGUUACUCCUAUGGCAAAUAUAGCAAGAAGGAACAAAUAUUUAGGAUGCUGCUCUCCUGAAUAUUUUUUAAACCAAAUCUCAGACUCAUUAUAAGCACCAUUAUUAUUCUGUGAUGUUUCAUCGUUGACCUCCAAUCUGGACCUUUUGGUCCAUAAGUUUUCUUUCUGUAUGGACUCAUUGAGCAAGCCAAACACAUGCACAGAAUCUUCUCAGCUCCCUGAAAUUUUAUUUUGAUGGUUUGUAUUUAAAAAACUAGAAGAUCUACACGUUUUAAUGAUGCAACUCACUGGUAUUUCACAAGUGACCACACCGGUGUAUGCAAUUCCAAGAUGAAGAAACAGGUGGUUGUCAGAAUUCCGGGUAUCUUCUUGUGUUCUCUCUAAGUCACUGUCCCCACAGGUAUAGUUUUCUUGGCUAUAUUUGUAGGAUUGUGAUGUUUGGGAAUAGGUUCAUAACUCUCCAAGAUUUGAAAGGUUAGAUCACUUUUCCCAUUUUGUACUUGAUAUACAUGGAGUCAUACUGCCUGAAUGUGUAAUGAUGACUUAUUUCUCAUGCCAUAUGACUUUUGAAAAUUGAUUUGUAUUCUUGCGUAGUCUUGUUAGCAUUUUAGAUCUGCUGUAGAAGACUCCAUGGUGUGACUAUGAAAACAUUCACCGAUGGCUGGUCCUGUUAAUGGGAAGUAGGUAUUCCUGAGUUUAGACUACUAUGAGUAACGAGUAGUGCUGGUAUAUAAUUCUGUAACCAGUCUUUUAGGGAUACCAGACAAACUUUGUUGAGUAUAUUCAUAGCUGUAUAUCUGUUGGGACAUAGUAUAUCCAAGACAGCUAAAGUUUAUACUACCACACAGUUUCCAAAUUUUCCUGUUUGCCAGUAGUUUCAAGAUUCUUGGUUGAUCCACAAGUUUGCAAAGACUUGUUGUUUCUCUCAUUCUCCUUUUAUUCUUUUUUUUAAAGUUUGUUUAUUUUAGUAAUCUCUGUACCCAAUGUUGUGUCUGAACUCACAACCCUGAGAUCAAGAGUCUCAUGGUCUUCCACCUGAGCCAACAAGGCACCCUGUCCUCCUUGUUUUAGAUUUUUAUGUCGUGUUUGAUGGCACCAGGAGGUAGUGUCAUAUUUGAAAUGAUGUGACUACUAUAGACAUAGAACAUUUUUACACCUGUAUUAUCUAUUGCGUAACCUCUUAUUUGAAGUUUCUGUUGGAACGGUUUGUCCAUUGUUUAUUCUAUUGUGUGGUCUUCAGGAAUUCUUUCUGCUGGUUACAAAUUGUGUGUGGGUGGUGGGGAUGUUUGGAUGAGAACCACCCAUUCAUGUAAUACAAAGUCAUUUUACUGGCAUGGUUAAUGUGCUCUGUGCUGUUCAAGAAAUAUUUUCGUGUUCUAAGGUAUAGACAUUUUUUUUUUCUUUUUCAGGAUGAAUCCAUUGUACCUUUAAGAUUUAUGUAAGCAAUCCAGUCAGACUUAAUUCAUUUCAGGAAGUGAUAGUGAUCAAGUUUUCCUUUUUCCAAUAUAACUUGCACAUUUCAGGUUGUUCUGAAAAUGUUGCCUUGUGCUUUCUUUCCAUUUGCUCUCACCUGCCCUUGCUUCUCCAGGAUAACAGCACUUCAUCCUUACUGCGGACUUUUCAGUUAAAUAGACUGCAAAUCUCUCCAUCUCUUCCAAUCACAGGAAGUCAUGGCAAUCAAAUGGGAGCACUCAAUUCAUGUUAUUUGUGGUGUAAAAAACCUUCAGUGAGGCUUUGCCCAGAGAAAUGAUUGUUGUUCAUAAUAUAAAGGAAAACAUGUAUGACAGAUUAGCUUCAGGGCAUUUGACAGUAGGAAUAAUCUUCUUGUCACAGACGACAGUUGGAAUUGUGGGCAAUUUCGUUCUUCUUUAUCAUUACGUGUCCCUUUACCACACUGAACGCAGGCUGAGGUUCACCCGUUUGAUUCUCAUGCACUUGACUAUAGCCAACUCCUUGGUCAUUCUCUCUGAAGGAGUCCCCCAGACCUUGGCAGCUUUGGGAUUGAAAUCUUUUUUCACUACAUUUGCAUGCAAACUUUUUUUGUACGUUCAGAGAGUGGGCAGGGGGUUGUCCAUUAGCAGCACCUGCCUCUUGAGUGUCUUCCAGACCAUCACGAUCAGCCCGAUGAACUCCUGUUGGAAGGAUCUUAAAGUCAGAGCCCCAAAAUAUGUUGGCUUCUCCAUUUUCCUCUGCUGGAAUCAUUACACAUUUAUAAAUUUAGUGUUUCCUCUGUAUGUGUUAUAUAUGCCUAGCCAAUGGAGCACCAAAAACAUCACACAGGAAGGAGAUUUGGGGUACUGUUUUACUAUCCAUCAGGAGGCAGUGACAGUCCUUCUCUAUGCAGUGUUGAUAGUAGUCCCUGAGGUUUUAUUUUCUGUUCUCAUGAUCUGGGCCAGUGGCUCCAUGGUCUUCCUCCUGCACAGGCACAAGCAGCGGGUCCAGCACAUUCACAGCACUAAUGUCUCCCCCAGAUCCUCUGCUGAGUCCAGAGCCACUCAGAGCAUCCUUGUCCUGGUGAGCACCUUUGUGUCUUUCCACUCCCUCUCCUCCAUCUUCCAUGUUAGUGUUGCUUAUACUGAUAAUCCCAGUUUGUGGCUGGUGAACACCACUGUGGUGAUCUCUGUGUGUUUUCCAACUGUCUGCCCCUUUUUCAUUAUGAGCCGAGACUAUACUCUCCCCAGACGCUGCUUUUCCUGGAUACAAAACACAAAAUCCUGUAGUGUUACUGGGGAUAUAUAA